AUGAAGGUGCUGGAGCAGGUCGCCAACCGUGAGGCGAGGCGCGUCGACAUCGAGCUCGACGAUGUGGCGGAGCACAUGGGCGAGGAGAUGGCGGAGAAGGUCCGCCGCAACACGCUGCGCUACAAGGAGAUCAUCGCGUGCGCCAUCGACAAUGUGCUUCCCGCGCCGACCGCCGCCGCCGCCGACCGCGACGUCUUUGACGUCCUGAUGGAGGAGCGUACCCGGGCGGCGGCGGCGGCUGCGAGCGACGCGGUGGGAGGCGUGGACCCCAACAACAAGGUCCCGGCCGAGCUGACGCGGCGGUACCAGGUCUUCGUCCUGCCGCGCGUCAAGGACAAGUCGGUGCCGCUGCGGCAGGUCAAGGCGAAGCACAUCGGCUCGCUGCUGACGCUCAAGGGCAUCGUGACGCGCGUGACGGAGGUGAAGCCGCAGAUGAAGGUGGCGACGUACACGUGCGAGCAGGACGGCACCGAGACGCGCGGCUCCAAGUUCGAAAAGUUCCAGGAGGUCAAGAUCCAGGAGGAGCCCGACCAGGUGCCGCAGGGCCACGUGCCGCGCGCGAUGACGGUCCACCUGUACGGGGACAUGACGCGCCAGUGCGCGGCGGGGGACACGCUCACCAUCUCGGGCGUCUUCCUCCCCGCGGGCCUCAUCACCAACACCUUCCUCGAGGCCAUGAGCGUCGAGAAGCACAAGAAGUCCUCCGAGGAGCUCGACGAGCUCGCCGAGGAGCCCGAGGUCUACUCCAAGCUCGCCCAGUCGAUCGCGCCCGAGAUCUUCGGCCACGACGACGUCAAGAAGGCGCUCCUGCUCCUCAUGGUCGGCGGCGCGACGCGGAAGAUGUCGGACGGCAUGCGGAUCCGCGGCGACGUCAACAUCUGCCUGAUGGGCGACCCUGGCGUCGCAAAGUCGCAGCUGCUCAAGUACAUCGCGAACACGGCGCCGCGCGCCGUCUACACGACGGGCAAGGGCUCCUCCGGCGUCGGCCUCACCGCCGCCGUCGUGCGCGACACUGUGACGGGCGAUCUGGUCCUCGAGGGCGGCGCGCUCGUGCUGGCCGAUAUGGGCAUCUGCUGCAUCGACGAGUUUGACAAGAUGGAGGAGGGCGACCGGACAGCCAUCCAUGAGGUGAUGGAGCAGCAGACUGUCUCGAUCGCAAAGGCGGGCAUCACCACCACCCUCAACGCGCGCACCUCCGUCCUCGCCGCCGCCAACCCGGCCUUUUCGCGCUACAACACCAACCGCUCCGUCGAGGAGAACAUCAACCUGCCCGCCGCGCUCCUCUCGCGCUUCGACCUGCUCUGGCUGAUCCUCGACCGGCCGUCGCACGCCAACGACAAGCGGCUCGCCGAGCACGUCACCUACGUCCACCGCUUCUCCACCCACCCCGCCCUCGAGUUCGACCCCGUCUCGCCGCAGCUGAUGCGCGCAUACAUCGCAGACAUUACAAAGAUCGAGCCCUCCGUGCCGCCGGAGCUGGCCGCCUACGUGGUGGACGAGUACGUCGCGAUGAGGCAGGACGCCGCUGAGAACGUCGAGAACGGCUACGGCUUCACCUCGGCGCGCACGCUGCUCGCGAUCCUGCGCCUCUCGCAAGCGCUCGCGCGGCUGCGGCGAAGCGGGACCGUCAGCCGCGACGACGUGGUGGAGGCGCGGCGCCUCAUGUCGCUCUCCAAGUCGUCGGUGCUGCAGGUGGGCGACGACGACCGCGACAAGGCCAAGCAGCGCGGCGAUGCCGUCUCACAGGUCUACCGCAUCAUCCGCGAGCACUGCGACAAGUCCAAGGCGCCCGCCGUUGCGAUCGCCGAGAUCCUGCCGAAGGUGCUCUCGCGCGGCCUCACGCAGGAGGCACUCGACGAGUGCCUCAGGGAGUACGCGGAGCUCGACGUGUGGCAGCUCGCCGGCAACGGCACGAUCAUCCGCUUUGUCGAUGCCGGCGACGACGACGACGCGUAG